AUGGAAUCGACUUUUGAAGAGGAUACUUUUUGUGAGCAGUUUCUAUCACCAAAAGAUGUGGUUCUUCGCAAAAUCGAGUUUAUUUUUGCGGAUGUUGGAGAGCAAAUUGAGCGAGGUGAUAAAACAAUAAUAAUCCGGACAUCGUUUGAAAACUCGCAUUAUCAUUUGAAAUAUAGUUCUCAAAGAAAAAAGAAGUUGAAACGAGAUUUAUGCUGCAUUCAACAAAUUCGGGAAAUGCUUAAAAGCAACAAGAAAUCGACGAAAAGGGAAAUGUAUUAUCAAUUUAAAGAAUUGUACGAGACUCAAAGGAAUAUAGACAGAAGUAUUCAACAAAUAUGUGAACUUCUCGGCGAAACAAGAUAUAAUUUGAACAUUCUGUCAUGCGGUAAAGGAAUUAUGCGAGGAACUAUCUCGUUUGUCACAAAUGAUGCGAGUUUCAUUGACGCCAGGACACAAACGGUUUUGAUUGAAGAACGCAAAAAUUUCCGUAUUUUUUUAGAGAGCUUGUUAAACAUGCGAACAAUCAGCGAGGCAGAAUUCAUCCUAGUCGUCGAAAAAGAAGCUGCUUUUCAAAAGUUGCUAGACGAAAAUUUCUUUAUAUUUUUCCCCCGUAGCAUACUUUUGACGGCUAAAGGAUAUCCGGACAUUUGUUCGAGAAAUGUUCUUCGCCAUCUUGUAGAUACGAUAAAAAUACCAGUUUUUGGACUUUUUGAUGCCGAUGCCUAUGGUAUCGAAAUAUAUUUGACUUACAAAUAUGGUAGUAUUCUCGAAAGCUCGGAAUGUCGGGACGCUUUUAUUCCUCAAAUUCAGUGGGUCGGGGUGUUUCCAAGCGAUUGCAACAAAUUCCCAAUAAAUCAAAAUCAAUUUUCAAAUCUUAGCCAUUCGGAUAGCAAGAAAUUGUUUAAACUCUUGAAUAGAUCGAUUCAACUGAAUGAGCAGGUUGUUCGUCAGGAAAUAGAUUACAUGCUCCAACUUAAGACGAAGUUCGAAAUAGAAGCGGUUAGUUCGAUUGGCGAGGAAUAUCUCUCAAGAGCGCUUCUUUACAAUAGAAUUCGUCAUCUGCUGGACGCUUCAAAGAUUCGACAUUCUUGA